AAUCGUUCGGUACUUAACUAAAUGAUAUCGAACCCCACAUGAUGGAAAGAGUUUCUUGCCUUGGAUCAUUUCAGUUUGGCUAUAAAUUUAAUUGCCAUCGUUCAAUAUCUUCACACACACACACACAGUUCAGUAUGGACUCAAACAAUGGAGGCCAUGCAGUUGAUCGCCCAGUAAAGCAUAACCAAAUCCAGGAAGCUGGUUUUUACAAACCAAAUAUUUGGAAGUACGAUCUGAUCGAGUCCCUGACAGUUGAAUAUGCUCAUGAGAAAUAUGAAAGGAUGGUAAGCAAGCUGAGAGAGGAAGUUAAAUACCUACUUUCUAACACAUUGGGCAUUUGGGAAAAGUUGGAGCUUAUUGACAACAUGGAGAAGCUUGGCCUGGCCUAUCUCUUUGAGUCUGAAAUCAAGAGCGUUCUCGACGAAUUAGUAUCGAACCAUAAUCACAGUUUUACUGGUGAAAAGAAGCUUUACAAUACUGCACUACUUUUUAAGCUUCUUCGGAAGCAUGGCUACACUGUAUCUCAAGAUGUGCUUGAGGGCUUGGUGGAAAUAAGCCCUCAUCCGGAUGUGAAAGCUGUGCUCAAGCUUUUUGAAGCAUCUCAUCUCGCCUUUGAAGGUGAAGACGUAUUGGAAAAAGCAAAUGUGAUCACAAGAAAAUAUCUCAUGAGUAUCCGUUCAAGUGAUCUAGAUGAUGAUGCAUCUCUUGCAAAUAUAUCCCGCACUUUAGAAGACCCCCACAACAUUUGGUACAACGUUAAGACACAAAUACAACGUUAUGAGACGAAUGCAAAAGCCGACAGUACUCUCCUCAAUCUGGCAAAACACAACUUCAACAUGUUCCAGGCAAUACAUCAAAAAGAAGUAAAAGAGCUAUUAAGGUGGUGGAGGACAUUAGAGUUCGAAAGAAUUUUACCCUUCACUAGAAACCGGAUACUGGAAAGUUUUGUAUGUGCAGCUGGAAUUGCUUCCGAACCCAAAUUUGGAAGCUUGAGGAAUUGGUUAACAAAAAGUAUUACACUAAUAUUAGUGCUAGAUGAUGUUUAUGAUGCAUCUGGUUGCACUUUGGAGGAACUAGAAAACUUCACUACUGUCCUAAACAGGCGGGGCAAUGCAGAGAGUCCAACACUUCCAGAGUGUAUGAAGAUUUGUAUGCGGAUUUUGAAUGAUACCAUCAAGGACAUUGCAUCCCAAAUUGAGGUCGAGUAUGGCUGGAAACUAGUGUCACCACAUUUACAGAAAGCGUGGAGUACAUUUUCCCAAGCAUUGCUCAAGGAAGCAAGGUGGUUUAACUUGAACUACACACCCUCAAUUGAAGAGCACACAGACAAUGGACGAAGCUCCUCAUCUGGUCCUUUAUUAUCCCUCCAUAUAUUCUUUGCACUUAUCCCCCAAACAGAACGAGUCCUUGACAUUCUCAAGAGUACAGCAAAUCAUGAACAGAAUGUGGCCCUCAUAUUUCGACUUUGCAACGACUUGGGAAACUUCGCUGUAGAAAUCGAAAGAAGUGACCCUCCAUCGUCGAUCCAGUGUAUUAUGAAAGAACGAGGUGUUUCAGAAGAAGUAGCUCGAAAUCAGAUCAAAUGUAUGAUAGCUAGUGCAUGGAAGAAGAUUAACUAUGAGUGCGUAACACAAGCUCCAUUGUUGCAACCAUACCUCAAGUACUCGACAAAUAUUGCGAGAGUGGCUCAUGUUGUGUAUCAUAAUGGAGAUGCGGUUUCUAAUGCGGACGGCAUGACCCGAAACCAUGUCAUGGACCUGCUCGGCGAACCUCUUUCGAUCACCUGAUUUGAAUUUAUUCUGCUUUUAUCGAAAAUUAUCAGUUACUUUAAAUAAAAUAUCUUUGCACCAAAGUACUUAUUUUUGCGUGCAUGGAUCAACGUUAACUCUAUGUUAUUUUGAUAUUAUUCGGUUUCGGAUUGUUCGUUUUAAAUGGUUUUUUACAAAUAGCUCUUUCAUUUUA